CAACCGGGUCACUUUCUUUGAUAACAACUUCUUUCUCUGUCCGCUCCUUGUCAUCUCCCCCUUUCAUCUCCAUCAUGCCUGUUAGAAACAUCUGCUGUAUUGGCGCUGGCUACGUCGGUGGCCCCACUUGUUCCGUCAUUGCCUACAAGUGCCACGACAUCAAGGUCACCAUCGUCGAUUUGAACCAAGCUCGUAUUGAUGCUUGGAAUUCCGAUAACCUCCCCAUCUAUGAGCCCGGUUUGGAUGAGAUUGUCUUUGAACGUCGAGGAAAGAACUUGUUCUUCACCACUGACGUUGAUGGCGCCAUUCAAGAGGCUGAUCUCAUCUUUGUCUCGGUCAACACUCCCACCAAGAAGUCUGGAAUGGGUGCUGGUAUGGCUGCUGAUCUUGCCUAUGUUGAAGGUGCCACUCGCCGUAUUGCCGAAGUUGCAAAGAGCUCCAAGAUUGUUGUCGAGAAGUCUACUGUUCCUUGCCGUACUGCCCAGAGCAUGCGCACUAUUUUGGAGGCCAACUCUACUCCUGGAAUUCACUUCGAUAUCUGUUCCAACCCCGAAUUCUUGGCAGAGGGUACCGCCAUUAAGGAUUUGUUGAACCCCGAUCGUGUUUUGAUCGGUGCUCUUCAAACUCCCGAAGGUAUUGCUGCACAAAAGGCUCUUGCUGAAGUUUACACUCACUGGGUUCCAGCUGACCGUGUCAUCACUACCAACUUGUGGUCUUCUGAGCUCUCCAAGCUUGCUGCUAAUGCUCUCCUUGCCCAACGUAUCUCCUCCAUUAACGCCCUCUCUGCCAUCUGCGAAGCCACUGGUGCUGAUGUCGAUGAGGUUGCUUAUGCCUGCGGUCGCGAUAGCCGUAUCGGAUCCAAGUUCUUGAAGGCAUCUGUUGGUUUCGGUGGUUCUUGCUUCCAAAAGGAUAUCCUUAACCUUGUGUACCUUUCCGAACAACUCCACCUUCCCGAGGUUGCUGCUUACUGGAAGCAGGUUGUCAUCAUGAACGAAUAUCAAAAGAAGCGAUUCGUUCGCCACAUCAUUUCCACCUUGUUCAACACCAUCACGAACAAGAAAAUCGCUGUCCUUGGCUUUGCUUUCAAGAAGGACACCGGUGAUACCCGUGAGGCUGCUGCCAUCACUUUGAUCAAGGAUUUCAUCCAAGAACACGCUCGUGUUGCUGUCUAUGACCCCAAGGUCGAUCACGAACAAAUCUUCAGAGACUUGAGUGAGCCCGGUAUUGUUGACAACCGCAAGGAGGUUGAGAAGCACGUUACCAUCUGCGCCAGCGCAUACGAAGCUUGCCACGAUGCUGAUGCUGUUGUCUUGGUUACCGAGUGGGAUGAGUUCAAGGAUACUGCUUUGGACUAAAUUUCCAACAUACACGCAUUUUUCGCUCCCUCCUCCUUUCUAAAUUGAUUCUCUUUUACGUUUUUUCUCUGCUUGCUCAACAUUUUGUUUGAUACCACAAAAAUUUAUAAAAAAAAAAUAAAUGAGCCCACUCUUAAUUCUGGCCUCAAGUAACAUAGAAAGGAAAAGUUCGCUUAAUAUAGCUUAAAUGACCA